AUGAGGCUCUGUGUCUGCCUCGCGUUGCUCUCCCUUAUUCUGUGUGCAAGUGCUGACAUAGGCCAAGGUGGACGAUUUGCCUUGGAUGCGCUGAGAGGGUCAUGGGAUAUGUACAAAGCAUACCGGGACAUGCGUGAGGCAAAUUAUAAAGGUGCUGACAAAUAUUUCCAUGCUCGUGGAAAUUAUGAUGCUGCCCAAAGAGGACCUGGUGGUGCUUGGGCAGCCAAAGUCAUCAGCGACUUGCGGGAAAAGUGGCAAAGCGACGUGAGUGGCAGAGGCGCAGAGGACACCCGCGCUGACCAAGAGGCGAACGAGUGGGGCAGAAACGGCGGGGACCCCAACCGCUAC